CUGUAUAUUCUGUGAUUCGGAGUUCCGCCUGUCAACAUAUUCGGAUUUCCAUAUUCCAAUUCCUGCCAGCUGCAAGAUAUUUUGAGUUCCAGAUAUUCCCAAUUCAUGUGACCCCCUGAAAAUACUUGAUACUCAUACUCUUGCUUAUUUCAUAAUUUGUAGCUGAUUGGCUGGUGUAAGUUAUUAGUAUUUUUGUGUCUGACUGUCUUCUAAUUAAUUUAUUAUAGUUUUGUAAUUCAUUUUAUCUCAGCGCAAUAUUAAUUUAAAAAUAUAAAAUACUUAAAUAGUCAGAAAAUCUCUCAGAAGCGACGUUAAUGGUGUCCAGGAACGCUUGCGAGUCACUGAGGAGUGACUGGACGACCUAGAGAUGUAUACGCGGCGCAACACACUGGAGAUACACGGCCUCCCCGAACCGGCUAAUGAGAAUGUGUUGGAUACGUUUGCGAGAGUGAGCAGGGCGGUAGGUAUGCCUCCGGUUAUAGUGGACGCAAUCCACCGUCUCAGGCCGUUCAAGGGUGGAAGAAUAGCCAAAGUAGUAACAGCAAGGUUGGAGGAUUCGUUUGAAGGCUGCAAUCAACAGAAGUUAUGUCCAUACCAGAUGGUGACAGUUACUGUUAAAAAGGAGGAGGAGGAGGAGGAGGAGGAGGAGGAGGAGGAGGAGGAGGAGGAGGAUGAUGAUGAUAGCAGCCAGCAACCAGCUGCAGUGGAAGACGAUUGCAGCCAACAACAUUAUCUAAUCCCUGGCUACAACAUGAUCUUCAUCAAAGAGGAUGCAUAUGAUGAGCAAGAGGUUGAAGGAAGUUCAGAGAAGAGCAAACCAGAGAUGUGGCCUUCAAACUGCUGCACAUCUGGCCGAGACUAUGCAACAGAAGUGGGUGAACUGAAUGAACAUUCAAUCUCUCCAGUGCAAAAGUGCACUGAGUCAUCUGUGUCUUGCAAAAAGAAUAAGCUCUACAGCUGUGCUCACUGUAGCUAUAAAACACCAUGGUUUAGUAAUUUGCAGAGACACAUUAAAAAUCACAUUGGAGAAAAACAUUUCAACUGCGAGUUUUGUGACUACAAAUUUGCUCAGUUUGAUAGUUUGAAAGCACAUAUCAAAACACAUACCAGAGAAAAACCCUUCAGUUGCGAAUUAUGUGACUACAAAAGUGCUAGGUUAGGUCAUUUGAAUGCACAUAUCAGAACACAUACUGGAGAAAAACCUUUCAGCUGCGAGUUUUGUAGCUACAAAAGUUCUCAUUCAGGUGAUUUGAAAAAACAUACCAAAACACAUACUGGAGAAAAAUCUUUCAGCUGCGAUUUAUGUAAUUACAAAAGUGUUCAGUUAGGUAGUUUAAAAGCACAUAUCAAAACACAUACUGGAGAAAAACCUUUCAGCUGUCAGUUUUGUAGUUACAAAAGUUCUCAUUCAGGUGAUUUGAAAAGACAUACCAAAACACAUACUGGAGAAAAACCUUUCAGCUGCAAUUUAUGUAAUUACAUAAGUGCUUAUUCAGGUGAUUUGAAAAAACAUACCAAAACACAUACUGGAGAAAAAGCUUUCAGCUGCGAUUUAUGUGACUACAAAAGUGUUCAGUUAGGUAGUUUAAAAGCACAUAUCAGAACACAUACUGGAGAAAAACCUUUCAGCUGCGAGUUGUGUGACUACAAAAGUGCUACCUCAAGUCAUUUGAAAAGACACAUCAGAACACAUACUGGAGAAAAACCUUUCAGCUGCGAACUUUGUGGCCACAAAAGUGCUAGGUUAGGUGAUCUGAAAGCACAUAUCAGAACACAUACUGGAGAAAAACUUACAUAACUUACUGCAGAGUAUACAAUAUACAAUUUCCUACAAAUAGACAUUGAUUGUAACUUGCAUAACAAUAAUUAUCAAUGUAAUAUUAGGCACUGUCCACAUAAGAUUCCUCGUGUGUUCCAUUUUAAUAUUGUUGUGGGUUCCUACACUAAUAAAUACACUUGAGUGUGAUUCA